AUGUGUAAACAUAUAUUAAAUGCACAGGUUUCUAUCAGGGCACCAUGUUGUAAAAAAUGGUAUGAUUGUGCAGAGUGUCAUUCAGAAAUGGAAGAUCAUGCAAUUCGCAAAGCAGCUGAGAUGGUAUUCGCUUGUAAAAAGUGUAAAAAGAUAUUUAGAAAAAAUAUGGAAGACUUUGAUGAAGUAGACGAAUAUUGUCCUCAUUGUGAUAACCAUUAUGUACUUGAAGCCAAAACACCUCAGAUUGGUAUUGGAAUUGAAGGAGAUGAUGCAAGAAUAGACAAUAGAAUUCUCAAGGAUGAACGUAUAGAACCAAAUUCUCAGAGAAGUAUUUUCAAUCAGGAUGUUUCAUAUCGAAUGGGAUGA